GAGCCAGGGCGCCCCAGCAGGUUUCCAGUAAUUAUCUGCAGGAUUCGCCAUGACCCCAGCCCUGAGGGAGGCAGCGACAAAGGGUAUCUGCUUUUCAUCUUUCUCAAGGACCAUGGAGUCGGACAAGAUGCUGUGCGUGGAAGGUCCAAGAACGGUAGAUGAGAAGCUGAAGGGAGACAGCUUCUCUCAGAUGCUGGGCUUUCCGCCUCCUGAACCUGCUCUUAACACUAAUUUUGUGAAUUUAAAACAUUUUGGCUCCCCUCAGUCUUCAAAGCAUUAUCAGACAGUUCUUUUAAUGAGUUCUAAUUCUACAUUAAAUAAAUACAAUGAGAAUUAUAAACAGAAGAAAUUAGAGGAACCCAACUGCAAUACGCUGAAAAACAUACUGUGCAAUGGCAGCAACAUUCAGCUCAGUAAAGUCUGUCAUUCUCAUUCUGAAGAGUUCAUCAGGAAGGACCCUCUGUCAGAUACCACACGCCAGUGCAUGACAGAUGGACAUAUUGUUUUGGAUUCAAAUAUAACCAAAGACACUAAUGUAGAUAAAGUACAACUGCAAAACUGUAAAUGGUACCAAAAGAAUGUACUUUUGGGUAAAGUUACCGAUGCUGAGAUUAAAAAGGAUUUCUUGCACUGUGCUCAAAAGAACAUUGGGCCUGGCCACUCAGAUGUGCCUGUGAGCUCCUCAGCUGCUGAAAAAGAGGAGGAAGUGAAGGCUCGUCUACUUCACUGUGUAAGCAAACAGAAAAUUUUACUCAGCCAGGCGAGAAGAACUCAGAAACAUUUGCAGAUGCUCCUGGCAAAGCAUGUUGUCAAGCACUAUGAUCAGCAAAUGAAAUUUUCUGUGAAACAUCAGCUCCCCCAAAUGAAGAUCUUUCAUGAACCCACCACAGUGUUGGAUAACCGUGUACCUAAAUGCACUGAAACGAAGCCAGAUGUCAACAUAUUGACUGCAGAGAAUAAAUUGUGGAAUGAUACAAAAAAUGGCUUUGCACGGUGUACAGCUGCAGAAAUCCAAAGAUUUGCACUGUCUGCUACAGGGCUGUUGUCUCAUGUUGAAGAGGGUCUGGAUUCUGACGCAACUGAUAGCAGCUCUGAUGAUGAUUUGGAUGAAUAUACCAUUAGAAAAAAUGUGGCAGUUAACUGUAGUACUGAAUGGAAGUGGCUUGUAGACAGAGCAAGAGUUGGCAGCCGAUGGACAUGGCUUCAAGCCCAGAUUUCAGAGCUAGAAUACAAAAUCCAACAGCUAACGGACGUUCACAGGCAGAUUCGUGCCUCCAAGGGGAUAGUGAUCCUAGAAGAAUGUCAGCUUCCAAAAGACGUUUUGAGAAAACAAAUACAAUUUGCAGACGAAGCAGCUUCAUUAAACACUACAGGGAAUCCCCAGAUUCCCCUAAAAAGUCAAGACCCUUCACCAGAACCGGAUUGUGAAAUGUCGCCGAGUAGCCCUACUCUGCUUCUUCGCAACAUAGAGAAACAGAGCGCACAGCUGACCGAGAUCAUCAACAGCUUGAUUGCCCCUCUCAACUUGUCUCCAGCUUCGUCACCCCUCUCCUCCAGAUCCUGUCACCAUCAGUGUCUGGCUAAUGGCGUUUCCAGGAGUGCUUCAGAGAAUUUAGAUGAGCUCUCUUCCUCCAGUAGCUGGUUACUUAACCAGAAGCACAGUAAGAAAAGGAGAAAAGACAGGACAAGAUUGAAAUCUCCAUCCUUGACUAUCAUGAGUACAGCAGCUCGAACAAGGCCGCUUCAGAGUUUCCACAAAAGAAAACUCUACAGAUUGAGCCCUACUUUUUAUUGGACCCCGCAGACUCUGCCUUCACAAGAAACGACGUUUUUAAACACGACACAAAUGCCUUGCCUGCAGUCAGCGUCCACUUGGAGUAGCUGUGGGCACAAUUCAAAGUCUCCCGUGUUAGCAGAACACGCAUCAGAGCUAGAUGCUUCCCUCCAUUCUGUGCUGUCGCUGCCGUCAGAUGUGCCUCUGCAUUUUCACUUUGAGACAUUGUUAAAAAAGACUGAAAUAAAAGGAGAUCUUGCUGAAAAUAAAUUUGUAGGAGACUGUAUCAUAUCUCCAUCACCUGUACGUAAUACUUCUCUGUAUCAAUGGAGAAAUGGAUAUUCUCCUACAUGCAAGCCUCAGAUAAGGUCAGAAUCUUCUGCACAGCUGUUACAGGGAAGAAAGAAAAGGCACUUGAGUGAAACAGCAUUAGGAGAAAGAACGAGAUUUGAAGAAUUUGCUUUUCAACAUACACAACCAGGAUCCCAUAGCAAUUUUGCUGCUGUUACUAAUGUCAGCGUUAUAUCAAGAACCCAAAAUUCAUCAUCACAAAAUCCUGCACGACGGAGAUUGCGAAGUGAGAGCUCCUAUGACAUAGAUAAUAUUGUGAUUCCCAUGUCGUUAGUCGCCCCAGCUAAAUUAGAGAAACUCCAAUAUAAGGAAAUACUUACUCCAAGCUGGAGGAUGGUUGUUCUUCAGCCUUUGGAUGAAUGUAAUUUAGGUGAAGAAGAGAUAGAAGAUCUUUCUGAUGAAGUCUUUUCCCUAAGACACAAGAUAUAUGAAGAGAGAGAGCAGGCCAGAUGGUCACUAUGGGAGCAAAGCAAGUGGCACAGAAGAAACAACAGAGUGUACAGUAAGAAUGCUGAAGGACAGGACUUGCUUUUGAGAGAAUACCCUCCUGACUGGAGUGGUGGUCAGCCCUGUGCUGCUGCGAGUCCUACGGAGCACCCUGCAGAGAGCCAGCAUCUGAGCGCACACAGCUCACCUUCAUUAAACGGCAGUCAAGAAAUCAAGUCUUUGUGGUGGGAACGACGGGUUUUUCCACUGAAGGAUGAAGACACAGAAGCCUUAAUAUGCCAAGAUGAAAAACAAGAUCAGAUUGAAAGAUCCAGCCCACUUUUGCUCAGUGAAGUCUUCUGUACCAAUGCAUCAGAGAAUGGCCACCAUCCAAAAAGGCAGGCAGACGGAAUGGAAGAGUACAACAUCUCUGGUCUAGGAGUUACUCAUAUUAAAAAAAAUAGGUGACAGGAAACAGGUUAAGAAACCCAUGUAACUGAAUGGAAAACAGGAGGUAAAAAGAAGCCCUGUUCUCCAUCCCCCGCCCCUCCGGUCACAGUUCCAGAGUAAGAGCACGUACUGCAUGUCUUCAUCUUUUAUGCUAUUUAAGAAACAGGCAAGGUAUGUCUCUUCUUCCUCCUUGAACCACAGGAGUAACUAGCUUUCACCUACAGACAAGUGCUAGUCAUUUGUGUUUAUGAUGCAAAUACAAGCACCAAAAACUGAACACUGCUGCAAUCUGACGUCAGGUCACAUCACUGGUAAAGAACUUAAGAGACUCCAAACACACACACACACACGCACACACACACAUAGAUACACACACACACACGCCUCUGCAUCAAAUGACACCUCUUCUUCUUCCUAUACACAUGGUAAUUCCUUAAAAUUGCCUCAGAAAUAUAUUAGGAUAUACAAAUGUGUGUGUAUAGAGCAUACACACAUACAUACAUACAUAUACACACACACACACAGUUUUAAAAACACUGGCAGUGACCACUCCACCUGAAAAUACAUACAUGAACUACCCUAUGACAAUGUAAGCUGCACUAGAGACAAAGAAACACAGGUUUCCAAUGAUAAUGGACAUCUAAAAGUCUUGACUAUGGAGAAGGAACUUUUUUAACAUGUUUAACCAAUAGUAGAAGUUAUUUAUGGAAAUUUCUACACCAGAUAACACAAUACUCCUUUAUUUGAAAUCACUGAUAUCUGUGGGACUAAACACAAGUUACUGUCUGUUCACUCCUAACAGAAUAAGACAAGCAAAGUAGAGUUAAAUAUUGGUGUAUUUUAAAAUUAUCACAUCUUUUAAAACUCAACUUGAGUUUUAUCUACUUUGUGUAUCUCAUGAAGAGAAGACACCAACUUAAAAUGAGCAACAAACAGGAACGUCCUAUCAGUAUACAAAAUAUUGCUGUGUUAUUAGUGACUUUGGUCAUUCCUUCCCAUAGCUUACUCUGUUCAAACAAGCAUUUAUUCUUGCUUGUGUCCUACAAUGAGAAUUAACAUUUUUCAAAGGAUAAUGCUUCAAUAUUGGAUACUGGAGUGUACAUUAAGGAAAAUUCCUUCUGAAGCUAUUACAUCAUUUUUUUUAUGUCAAAGUUGAGGACAAUUUAUAUGAAUCGCUUUUUCUCAUGUAAAAAGGUUAUUCAGGUUGUUGUACCCAUAUAACUGACAAUCUUGGCCAUCUGGCCUAGUCUAGGGGAUUUGACACUCAAGUUUUGUUUAGGGAUUGGAAAUUAUACUAGUCCCUUUAAAGAGAAAAAAAAAAUCAAAUUCAAUACUGACAAAUUUUUGCUUGUAGUUUUACUGUACAUUUAUUUUUUAAAAAAGAAAACAAAAGCCAGACAAACCCAAGUUGUCCAGGUAAAUAAACUCAAAUCUGUCAUGUCUGAUAUUAUAAUCCUCUAUGUAAGUUUUUUAAUUAAAGUUAUUUCU